CCAUAUAACAAUGUUACUCAUCAUCGUGCAUGCCCUGUCAUACUGUGAUAUCUGACAACGCCCCCACGAUCUCUAUUUCUACCUGCAUUUUUGGGUGCCGGCGUGGCGUCGAGUCAGCCUCCCGAGAGCGUUAUGCAGCGUUGUAAAUCAUGCAACCCUUAAAUGCGCGGCUGGUCGUUACAUCCAGCGAGGGAGCCCGUGUCGGCUGCCCCCCGCUGGCUUCUGUCGGUUAAGCUUCUGGAGUGCAAGAGGCCGCAGCGGUGGUCGCUUUAUACCGAGUCUCUCUCUUCCCUCGAUUCACCGAUUCUGUCGUCGUAUAGUGACAGUCGCUGAAUGUCUCUUAACCACACCUUAUUCGAGGACGACCUCGAUCGACUUACUACUUCUAAAUAUGCGCAUAUAAGACUCCCUGCUUUCCGUCGCUCGCACGCUAUACGGAAUAAACUGACAAAAUACAGUGAUGGACGACAAGAGACGUACUUAGUGCUAAUAAUAUGUGGGACAUGCGGCCGGCUGUCCCUUGCCUUAUUGUUGACCUACAUGAUAUAUCGGCUCCCUACCGACAAUCACGCAACAUUAUGCCAACAACACGUCCUCUGGAUAAGCCCCAACGACGUCCAUUUUAACGACUUCAUUAUCGUUGAUAACCUCAACGUGGACUCGUAUAGCUCGCUGCUUAACACGCCUGUUUGUAUACGCUUCUCGCUGACUGUAAUAGUAACGCUUAGAUGGUUAGCUGGUAGGUUUCCUACGUUGGAUCAUCUAUAAGCUAGAAUUGCGACGGGCGUCGAGACGGCCAUCUUACACGGGCCAUUCGUGAUCGCUCAGGGGGGUGGAAAUGUACCACUCACCUCUUUUCUGCGUGCCAUCCC